UAUUCUAGCAUCACGGCAGCAGGUUUCUGCUAAGUUUGGAGUUACUCGUGUCACCACAACUGUAUGUCUGCCUGAAGGUGGUUUAAAAACAGGGGCUCAGCAGCACAAGGAGUCUGCAUGUCUGCUUAGACAUGCUCAGCUUUGUGGAUACCCGGAUUCUGUUGCUGCUUGCAGUAACUUCAUACCUAGCAUCAUGUCAAUGUAAAGAAAAGAAAGGUCCAGGAGGAGCGAAAGGACCUCGAGGUGACAGGGGUCCUCCCGGCCCAAAUGGAAAAGAUGGUUUACCCGGACCUCCUGGCCCCGCUGGCCCCCCUGGUCCCCCUGGACUUGGAGGAAACUUUGCUGCUCAGUACGAUGGUGUAAAAGCCCCUGAUCCUGGCCCUGGACCCAUGGGUUUGAUGGGACCAAGAGGCCCUCCCGGAUCUCCUGGAGCUUCUGGACCUCAGGGACACACAGGACAUGCUGGUGAGCCUGGAGAGCCCGGACAGGCCGGCGCUGUUGGUCCUCGUGGCCCUCCUGGACCUCCUGGCAAGGCUGGAGAAGAUGGUAACAAUGGCAGACCUGGCAAGCCCGGAGACAGAGGUGUCCCCGGCCCUCAGGGUGCUCGUGGAUUCCCUGGAACCCCUGGACUUCCAGGAAUGAAGGGACACAGAGGUUACACUGGCCUGGAUGGACGCAAGGGAGAGCCCGGUGGUGCUGGCCCCAAGGGCGAGCCUGGUGCUCAUGGAGCUGCUGGAAGCCCUGGACUGGCUGGAGCUCGUGGUCUUCCUGGUGAGAGAGGCCGCCCCGGCCCUGCUGGCCCUGCUGGUGCUCGUGGUGCUGAUGGCAAUGUUGGACCUACUGGCCCUGCUGGACCCCUUGGUGCUGCUGGACCCCCAGGAUUUCCCGGUGGCCCCGGCCCCAAGGGAGAGACCGGAACCGUGGGAGCUACUGGCCCAUCUGGACCUCAGGGAUCUAGAGGCGAGCCCGGACCCAAUGGUGCUGUUGGCCCCGUUGGUCCCUCUGGUAACCCUGGUGCUAAUGGCCUGAAUGGAGCUAAGGGAGCUGCUGGCACCCCUGGUGUUGCCGGAGCUCCUGGCUUCCCUGGACCAAGAGGAGGACCCGGACCACAGGGACCUCAGGGUGCUGCUGGACCUAGAGGCCUGGGUGGAGAUCCUGGUGUUCAGGGUGUGAAGGGAGAUACUGGUCCCAAAGGAGAACCUGGUAACUCUGGACCUCAGGGAGCCCCUGGACCUCAGGGUGAGGAGGGUAAGAGAGGACCCACUGGUGAGAUCGGUGCUACUGGGCUUGCUGGUGCCCGUGGAGCUAGAGGUGCUCCUGGCAGCCGUGGCAUGCCUGGUGGUGAGGGAAGAACUGGCCCUGUUGGUAUGCCUGGUGCCCGUGGUGCUUCUGGUGCUGCUGGACCUCGUGGACCCCCUGGAGAUGCUGGCCGUGCUGGUGAGCCUGGCCCAGCUGGUCUCAGGGGUCUCCCAGGAAGCCCUGGAAGCUCCGGACCCCCAGGAAAGGAGGGACCUGCUGGUCCUUCUGGACAAGAUGGCCGCAGUGGACCUCCAGGCCCAAGUGGACCUAGAGGCCUGUCCGGAAACAUUGGUUUCCCUGGACCCAAAGGACCUUCUGGUGAGCCUGGCAAGCCUGGAGAGAGGGGAGCCACUGGCCCCACUGGACUGAGAGGACCCCCUGGACCUGAUGGCAACAAUGGAGCCACUGGUGCUACUGGACCUGCUGGAGGACCUGGUGAGAAGGGAGAGCAGGGACCUUCUGGUGCUCCUGGCUUCCAGGGUCUGCCUGGACCCGCUGGAAGUGCUGGUGAGGCUGGCAAGCCUGGAGACAGAGGUAUCCCAGGAGAGCCAGGACCUGCUGGAGCUGCUGGUGGCAAGGGAGAGCGUGGUAACCCUGGUGCUGCUGGAUCUGCUGGACCUCAGGGACCAAUUGGACCCCGUGGACCUGCUGGAGCCCCUGGAGCUGAUGGUGGCAAGGGAGAGCCUGGUCCCGCUGGAGCUGCUGGUGCACCUGGACAUCAAGGAGCCGGUGGCAUGCCCGGAGAGCGUGGAGGUGCUGGUACUCCUGGACCCAAGGGAGAGAAGGGAGAGCCUGGACACAAAGGCCCUGACGGCAAUCCUGGCAGAGAUGGUCCCCGUGGUCUGCAAGGACCUGCUGGACCUCCAGGACCCACUGGAGCCAACGGUGAUAAGGGUGAGGGUGGUUCCUUCGGACCUGCCGGCCCAGCUGGACCUCGUGGACCCUCUGGCGAGCGUGGAGAGGUUGGACCCGCUGGAGGUCCUGGAUUCGCUGGCCCCCCUGGUGCUGAUGGUCAACCUGGAGCAAGAGGAGAGCGUGGACCUUCAGGAGCAAAGGGAGAAGUUGGCCCCUCUGGCCUCGCUGGACCUGCUGGACAGUCUGGACCUGCUGGUCCUGCUGGCCCUGGUGGACCUCCUGGUGCUCGUGGAGACAAUGGACCUUCUGGUCUGACUGGUUUCCCUGGUGCUGCCGGCAGAGUUGGUGCUGCUGGUCCUGCUGGUAUUGUUGGACCCCCUGGCCCCGCUGGUCCCUCUGGUAAGGAUGGACCUCGUGGUCCUCGUGGUGAUGCUGGUCCCUCUGGUCCUUCUGGAGAGUCCGGAAUGAUUGGACCACCUGGUCUUGCUGGAGAGAAGGGACCCUCUGGAGAGUCUGGGCCCCCUGGUCCUCCUGGUGCGCCUGGAACUUCUGGUCCUCUUGGACUUCAGGGAUUCGUUGGUCUGCCUGGUUCUAGAGGAGAUCGUGGUACACCUGGUGCUGCUGGUGGUGUGGGAGAGCCUGGUAGAGUAGGACCUGCUGGUCCCCCUGGAGCCCGUGGAGCCCCUGGCAACAUUGGCCUGCCUGGUAUGACCGGACCCCAGGGAGAGGCUGGACGUGAGGGCAGCCCUGGUAACGAUGGACCUCCUGGUCGUCCUGGUGCUGCUGGAUUGAAGGGAGACCGUGGUGAGCCUGGAUCCGCUGGCGCCAUGGGACUUGCUGGUGCCCCUGGACCUGCUGGACCCACUGGAGCUGCCGGGAGACCUGGAAACCGUGGAGAAUCUGGCCCAUCAGGUCCCUCUGGAGCUGUUGGCCCCGCUGGAGCUAGAGGUGCCCCUGGACCUGCUGGACCUCGUGGUGAGAAGGGAGUUGCUGGAGACAGGGGAGAGAGAGGCAUGAAGGGUCUGCGUGGACAUCCUGGUCUCCAGGGAAUGCCUGGACCUUCUGGACCUCCCGGUGACACUGGCGCUGCUGGAGCUCAUGGACCUUCUGGACCCAGAGGACCUGCUGGACCCCAUGGACCCGUUGGUAAGGAUGGCAGACCUGGUGCCCAUGGUACUAUGGGUGCUCCUGGUCCUCGUGGACCCAAUGGAUACACCGGACCAGUGGGUCCUCCCGGACCUCCCGGUCUGCCUGGACCUCCCGGCCCUGCUGGUGGUGGAUACGAUGUCUCCGGAGGAUAUGAUGAGUACAGAGCUGACCAGCCUUCUCUGAGAGCCAAGGACUACGAGGUCGACGCUACCAUCAAGUCUCUCAACACUCAGAUCGAGAACCUGCUCACCCCUGAGGGAUCCAGGAAGAACCCUGCCCGCACCUGCCGUGACAUCAAGCUCAGCCACCCUGACUGGAGCAGCGGAUUCUACUGGAUCGACCCCAACCAGGGCUGCACCAACGAUGCCAUCAAGGUCUUCUGCGACUUCACCACCCGUGAGACCUGCAUCUACGCCCACCCUGAGAGCAUCGCCCGCAAGAACUGGUACAGAAGCACCGAGAACAAGAAGCACGUCUGGUUCGGUGAGACCAUCAACGGUGGCACUGAGUUCACCUACAACGAUGAGACCCUCAGCCCCCAGAGUAUGGCCACCCAGCUGGCCUUCAUGCGCCUGCUGUCCAACCAGGCCAGCCAGAACAUCACCUACCACUGCAAGAACAGCGUUGCCUACAUGGACGGUGAGAGCGGCAGCCUGAAGAAGGCCGUGGUACUCCAGGGCUCCAACGAUGUGGAGCUGAGAGCUGAGGGCAACAGCCGCUUCACCUUCUCCGUGCUAGAGGACGGCUGCACUACACACACUGGUGAGUGGAGCAAGACAGUGAUCGAGUACAGAACAAAUAAACCAUCUCGCCUCCCCAUCCUCGACAUUGCACCUUUGGACAUUGGUGGAGCUGAUCAGGAGUUUGGUUUGGACAUUGGCCCAGUCUGUUUCAAAUAAAUAGACUCAUGAUAAAUUAACACCGGAAAAAAAAGAGAGGAAGAACGAAAAAAAAAAAACAAAAUCUCUGCCCUUCUAUCUGUGUUCGUUUUUUUUUUUUUAUACUGAAUGCUGAUUUCUCUCUGCGCAUCCACUUGCUUACGAUGGGCAACUAUCGGAGAGGACUGAACGGACUGAUCGGAGCGUUGGUGCAAUGCAAAAUAAAUACAGCAACCCAAAGGGACGCGGGAAUACACCUUGUUGUGGGACAUCAUGUCAUCCUUUUGUAAAAAAUAAAAGAAGUGUAAUAAAAACGCUGAAAGUA